UCCACUCCCGUCUCUCCUUCACUUCUCUCAUUUUCCCUUCCCUCUAUAUUCAUUUCCUACUUCAAGAAAAUCAAGAAACUAAAUUCAAGAACCAACUUUAUUUAACUCCAUAAUCAAGAAAAUAUAAUCCAAGAAUCAUUUUUUUAAUCUAUAUGUAUGUUUGGUCAUACAUGCAUACAUACAUGGUUAUAACUUAUAUGUAUAUAUAUUACCAACAAAGAAAAAACAGAUGUUCAUUUUGUACUUGAUUCUUGACUGACUCUUGUGUCCACUACUCUUAUCAAUUUGCUCUUCAACCAAAACAGAACCCACUACUCAUAAUUAUUAGUCUAGCCCAAAUCUUAAAUUCUCUUUUUGGGUCUUUUCUUGAGAAAAAAAAUCAUCAGAUGAUCAAUAGAGCAUCAAUGUUGCCGGAGAUGCUGAGCUGUACAGACAUGACCAUGACAGUUCUUGAAAGACAAAGAGCUCGUUUCAAAUGGCAACCGGACCAUAACUUCCAACAAGUACAGCAUCAGAAUCAAGAAGACAGCAGUUAUUUUGGUGAAUUUAAUGAUGUUUUUGAGUUACAAAACCAGCAGCAGCAGCAGCAAGGUUUUCAGGGCGGUGAUCUUGGUGAAAUUGUGAUCCGGUCGGUGAAACCUGACCCGGGUUUGAUGGAUAAUAGCGGGUGGAGUAGUAGUAAUACUCAUGAUUUGGUUGGUUUUGGUAAUUUUGAUAUGAAUUUUGCUAUUUCAAGAACUACUAGCUGCCCACCAACUGUAUUAGAGGCGGCCGCGGCGGUGGAAGCUGCUGCAGAUUUAGCUAAACCUAGAGAUACUGUUGCAGAGAAAUUGAAUUCCGGCAAGAAAAGAAAGCUUGAUCAAAAGGCUCAGAAUAACAACAAUAUAAAGGUUGUUGCAGGAGAUGAAACCUGCAGGGACAAAAGAAGCAAAGCAAGUGCACAAGAAGGAGAAUCUUCGAAUAGUAAAAACAGUAACAAAGAAAAUUCAGCAGAAACUUCUAAAGUUACCGACGUUCAAAAACCAGAUUACAUUCAUGUCCGAGCUCGCCGCGGUCAAGCCACCGAUAGCCAUAGCUUAGCUGAAAGAGUGAGAAGGGAAAAAAUCAGUGAGAGAAUGAAGUAUUUGCAAGAUUUAGUCCCUGGAUGUAACAAAAUUACAGGAAAAGCAGGGAUGCUUGAUGAAAUUAUCAAUUAUGUUCAAUCUCUUCAAAGACAAGUAGAGUUCUUGUCGAUGAAAUUAGCUGCUAUCAACCCAAGGCUUGACUUUAACAUUGACAACUUGUUUGCUAAAGAGGAAUUUCCUCCUUGUCCAACAAAUUUUCCAGCAAUUGGGGACAUGAGUACUAAUUCAGCAUUUUUUCAAUUGAACCCGGUUCAACAACAACAAUUAGUGGCAUGUUGUGGUUUAGAAAUGGGUAUUAAUCCUUCUGAUUUGGGGCUUAGAAGAACCAUUAGUGCUCCGGUUUCGGUUCCGGAAUCGUUUAUUGACUCAUCUUGCUUCAACCAAAUCACACCCUCUUCAUCAACAUGGAAUGCUGAUUUACAAAAUCUUUACAAUGUAGCAUUUGAUCAAGGAAGAUCAGCACCCUUCUCUACUCAACAAUUUACAGGUACUAUUGAAGCCAGUGAAAUGAAGAUGGAGAUGUAAAUCGAAAUAUAUACAUCAAUCAUUUUUACGAUUCUUGAAAGAGAUUAUUAUUCUGAAUGGCAUUGGAUCAUAGUGUAUUCUUUUUUUUCCUUCUCUAAGUACAUACUGUAUAUAUAAUUGUAUGUAUUUUCCGCGACAUAGUAUGAAUAAAAUCAUUACCUAUUAACAUCAA